GCACUUUGGACUGACGCUCACUAACCGGCAGUAACGUCUCUCCGUGCAGGACCUGAAAAAUGUCCGUUUUCGGUGUCAUUUUGGGCUGGACCGCUGUUUUUCUGCUGUUUCUGAUUUCCGUCUUGUUUCUCGGCUAUUGCCUGUAUGUCAAACACAUUCACAUGAAAUAUGACCACAUACCUGGUCCACCGAGAGACAGUUUUCUCUUAGGACAUUCACCAACGUUUCUGAAGACAAUGAAAGACGGCGGAGUUAUACACGACAGGUUUCUGGAAUGGGCAGAGAUUUAUGGGCCUGUUUGCAGGCUGAAUGUUCUGCAUUACGUUUUGAUCAGUGUGACCUGCCCAGAGACGACUAAGGAGAUCCUGAUGUCCCCAAAGUAUCCCAAAGACAAAUUCCUUUACAAGAGACUCUUCAACCUGUUUGGUCAAAGGUUCCUCGGUAAUGGCCUGGUAACAGCACAGGACCAUGAACAGUGGUACAAACAGCGUCGGAUCAUGGACCCUGCAUUCAGCAGCCUGUAUUUGCGAGGUCUGAUGGGCACCUUCAAUGAAAGGACAGAGAAACUGAUGACUAAACUUUCGGAUUGUGCCGAUAACAAAACAGAGGCCAGAAUGCUCGAGCUAGUCAACUUUGUUACCCUCGAUGUUAUUGCUAAGGUGGCGUUUGGUGUGGAUUUAGACCAGCUGGAGGACAGUUCAGUUUUCCCUAAAGCCAUCGAAACAUGUCUGAAAGGGAUGGUGCACUAUGUCAGAAACAGCUUUUUUGAGUUUAACCCAAAGAACCGAGCAUUCAUUAAGGAAGUGAGGGAAGCUUGCCGCCUGCUGCGCACAACCGGAGCUCAGUGGAUUAAUAACAGAAAGACUGCCAUGCAAAACGGCAACGACGCCCCCAAGGACAUUCUCACUCAGAUCAUCAAAACAGCUGGCAAAGAGGAAAACGUUACAAAAGAAGAUGAAGAGUUGAUGUUGGACAAUUUUAUGACUUUUUUCAUCGCAGGGCAAGAAACCACAGCUAAUCAACUGGCUUUUUGCAUCAUGGAACUUGCAAGACAUCCUGAUAUACUGGAGAAGGUGAGGACAGAGGUGGAUGAUGUCAUUGGGAUGAAACAGGACAUCAGUUAUGACGAUCUGGGGAAGCUGAUCUACCUCUCACAGGUGCUGAAAGAGACUCUGAGGAUUUACCCGACAGCUCCAGGCACAUCUCGUGACGUGCUGGAAGACAUCGUCAUUGACGGUAUCCACAUACCAGGAGGAGUGACCUGUUUUUUCACCUCCUAUGUGUGUGGGAGAAUGGAAAAAUUCUUCAAGGACCCGCUGAAAUUUGAUCCAGACAGAUUUCACCCAGAUGCUCCCAAGCCGUAUUUCUGCUACUACCCCUUCGCCAUGGGCCCACGCUCGUGCCUGGGACAGACCUUUGCUCAGAUGGAGGCCAAAGUGGUGAUGGCCAAGCUGCUGCAGAGGUUUGACUUCAGCCUCGUGCCGGGACAGACCUUUGACAUCGAGGACACCGCCACACUCAGGCCGAGGAGCGGAGUGGUGUGCUCUGUCAGACACAGGAAUCACAAAAAAUAAAUGCUCAUACAGAACCAUAAAAUAUAAAAAGAUACCAUGAUGGUCCAUGUGGGGAAUUUGGGUUGAUUAAAAUAUCGUACUGCCCGCACCUUUGUACUCCUGCCUCAGCCAAAAGCUUCUUAGACAUUGUUUUAUAAAUUUUUAUGUCAUAUUUUGGCCUUUGUAACAAAAGAAGUACCAGUUGUGCUUGAUUUAACGAUAUAAACAGUAAAUCCAGUUAUGAUGAUGAUUAUUAUAACUUAACAAUAAUGAGAAUAUUGUAAAACAAAUUAACCACUUUAUGAGUGAAUUACAGUAGAAGUUAAAUCUUGCAGGAACUAAACCUUUACCUCAUGUAACUGCUCGUUUUGCACUUCAAUAAACUCAUGUUUAAUUCA